AUGUUGAACUUAAGAUAUUCAAAUUUAAUUAUUUUGUAUUUUAUAUACACAACGCUCUGCCAAGUUUCCAUACACGGCGCGGAACUAAAUCAAGAGAUUAGCAAUUCCAAAUUUCAAUUAAAUUUUUUAGAAAAAUUAAUUGAUUUCUCAAAUAAGUCAUCACUGGAAUACUUAAAUACAUAUUUACAUUCACUUAAUCCGCAACUUGUUUCAUCUUUGAAUAAAAAUCUUCUAAUUGAGUUUCAAGAAGCAAAAGAUACAGACAAUUUGGAUCAAAAAAUAGCCUUUAUUAGGAAAUAUGUGGAUGUCUCUAAUGAUGGAAAAGGGGAAGCCCACUUGGAGCAAGUGUACAUUCUGCGGAAUAUGCAUUUUUUACAAAAUACUCAAACAAAGUUGAAAGAAAUGCUGGAGGAGAGUAAAAACGAGUCACAAUUAGUGCAUCAGUAUCACGUUUGUAGACAGUUUUUAAUAAACAGUACUGCCACAGAACCUACAAUUCAAAUAGAAGAUAGACCCGAAAGUAACACCCCACAAAGUUUCUUUACUGCUGACCUGGAAACGUUUGGCAAGAAAUUAUAUGAUUUAAUUAAUGUUAAAGGCGCCGGAAUAAUUGAUGAAUUCCUUAUUAAGUUACGCAGUCAUUUAGAAUAUAUAAUGGACAAGAAUGCAGUUAACACAGCUAAUAUGGCUGCUUCAGAUAAUACGGAUAAUAUGGAUAACACAGAUAAUGCAGAUAAUAAGGAUAAUAAAGUGCUUAAAGAAAUUGUCGAGAUGAUUAAUGAUAUAGUCAAUUUACACGAUUUGCAUGCUAAACGACAACAACUUUAUAAUGCAGUUUCCAUACUCUCCCAAGAAUAUAAGCUCCAACACAUUAUAGGAGAAUUUGCAAAGUAUAAGAAAUAUAUUGGAUUCGAUUGUAUAUUUGAGUAUCUCUUAGUUAAUUUCGAAUUUUUGGAAAACUUAUACGAGCAAUGGGAAAAAUUAUUGCCAAAGACACCAUUAGGACAUAUGGAUGAAAACGGACAACUGCUUCAUAACAUUUUGAUGACAUACAAUAAAUUUAAAUUAACCAGAGACUCCGAAGUAUACCAGAUGUAUGAAGAGAACAUUGAAAAACUACAAAAUAAAACUAUUCAUCUUAAACAUGAAGUACCAUUAUAUUAUAUGUUGUAUAAUUCUACAAAUAGUUUUGGUCCCAUCUCUUUGCAUGCGAUUAUGACGAACUGCAGGGAAACAUAUUUAUGAAGAGAUCCAAUAACUUCAUGGAAUGGAAUUAGUAAUUAUUUAUUUGGUAGACAAUAUUAUUUAAAUCACUAUAAGAUAAUUCUAUGUGGCCAUCUAUAUAGCUUGUAGUUAUAAAUUUGAUACAAUUGCAGAUGUCUACAGUACUGUCUUAUAUACAGAGCAAUAUCGUCAUUAAGAAAUAAAGAACUCUUUAAACUUUGUCACACGAUCUUUGUUAUAUAUCAUUUAUCCUAACACAA